UGGAAAGACAAACGACCCUAAACAAAGGGCCGUUUUGCAUUCCUCUGCAUCUUGCGACAGACGCUGCAUCAUCGGGUCGCUUUUGACGAGCCUGCGCGCAAAACCAGCCCUUGCACAUCUGCAAAAGAAAACAAGGGAAAAAAAAAAUGGCUUCUAAUCACGACUCCCAGGCCUCGACCAACUACAAGGAGGCAUUUGCCCUGUUCGACAAGCGCGGCAACGGUCGCUGCACUAUCGACUCCCUGGGCGACCUGCUGCGAGCAUGCGGCCAGAACCCCACGCUGGCCGAGAUCCAGGAGCUGGAGAAGGGCCUUGGAAACGAAUUUGACUUCGAUGCCUUCCAGCGCGUCCUGAACCGACCAGGCGGUUUCCGCGAUCCCGGCGAGCCUGAAGAAUACUGCCGUGGCUUCCAAGUGUUUGAUAAGGAUAUGACGGGCUUUAUUGGUGUCGGCCAGCUCAAAUACAUUCUGACCAACUUGGGUGAGAAGAUGACCGAGGAAGAGGUCGACGAGCUGCUCAAGGCUGUGGACACCAGCUCUGGCCAGAUCAACUACACCGACCUUGUCCGAACUAUUCUCGCCAACUAAGAUUCCUUUGUACGAAGAACCUAACCUGGUGGCAUCUUCUUGCAUCUGUAAACGGGAUGGCGUUGCUAUGCGUUGUUUGUUUUGAUUAUGGUAGUGAAUUGGAAACGCUUGGGAUGGAUGAUAUUUCUUUUUAUAUGCAACGAUUGGCCGUAGACUUGUAUGCAGCUAUGGCUGAAUGAAUACGAUUU